AUGAAGAUUUCAGCAGCCACCAUUCUUCUUUUGGCGGGCUCUGCCAUUGCUAGUCCACUGGCAGCCCGUGUCGCUCGCCGUGCUGGGGUCUCUCGUCCAAGAAUACGCGUCGAUCCCAAUAUCAACGAGGCCAACGAUGCUGAGCAGAGCUCCAACUGGGCUGGCGCAGUCUUAGUCUCCUCUGGCUUCACUGAAGUCUCUGGAACUUUCACUGUUCCCAGCCCUCAAAUUCCAUCUGGAGGUGACCAAAGCACCCAGUACUGCGCUACUGCCUGGGUCGGUAUUGAUGGCGAUACAUGCUCAACUUCCAUUCUUCAAACUGGAGUUGACUUCUGUAUCCAAGGCAGCGAUAUUAGCUACGAUGCCUGGUACGAGUGGAUUCCAGCCGGUUCGGUGGACUUUAGCGGUAUCAGCUUCAGCGCCGGAGACUCUGUAUCCGUGAGUGUUGUUGCUACUAGCAAAACAACUGGAACUGCCACUAUUACCAACAACUCCAAUGGGCAGAGCGUCACCCAUAAAUUUACCUCAAGCGAGACCACUAGCUCCCUCUGUGAGACCAACGCGGAGUGGAUCGUCGAGGAUUUUACCCUCAUCUCCUCCUCCGGCCAGCAAUCGCUUGCUCCCUUUGCCAACUUCGGAACUGUUACCUUUACCGAUGCCAUUGCUGUGAAGAAUGGAAACCAAGUUGAUGCCUCUGGUGCCAAUACCAUCUCCCUCGUUGACGGAAAUGGCAAUGUCCUGGCUUCCCCUAGUGUCCAAGGCAGCACCAUUACUGUUACUUACCAGUAA